AUGGUGGAGAAUAGGGCACACACACACACACACACACGAUCGCUCAGCCCUGAACAAUGUCGGUACAUCGCCGGUGAUGAUGAUGAUGAUGAUGAUGAUGAUGAUGAUGAUGACGAUGAUGAUGAUGAUGAUGAUGACGAUGACGACGACGACGACGACGAUGAUGAUGAUGGUGGUGGUGGUGGUGAUGCUGGUGAUGUACAUUGGCCUUAUGCCCAGCAAUCGACUAACUGGGGGGAGAAUAGCGGGUAUGUGAAGAGUGCUGCUCACCGGUGUUUCCAAGCGAAACUUCCCGACAGUGGUGGUUUUGCUGUUGCUGUUUCUGAAGACACGGAUUGUUUAUUGUCUGCUGUUGUGCUCCGGUCGAUACGGCUAUCUAUGCUAAUUAUGCCUUUAAUACUAUUACUCGUUUUGAUUGAUAUCGGUGAUGAUGAUUAUGAUGGUAAAGAUGGUAAUGAUGAUGAUGAUAAAGACAACGAAAAUGAUUUGAAAAUUUCAAUUCUGGUGCAUCAUCGUUCCACAAUUGCUUGCUAG